AUGGCAACCGCCGUCGAGCAACCCCAAGUGCCCCAGGAGCUCAGGACUUCGGCUCCCGAGUCUCUCCCCAAGAGUGCUAUCCCAGCCGCCGUCGCUUCUCCCGUUCCCGCUCCUGCAGCCACCGAAACUGUCUCAUUGAGAGCUGAGGAGACUCCCGCACCCGCUCAAGAGACAAAGGCUCCUGUAGUCGCUGAAGCUCAUCUCGUCGAUACCUAUCACCCUCCUCAGCGAAUGUUUGCUAACCUCGAAGAGUACAAGCGACUUUACAAGGAAUCGAUCACUCAACCCGAGAAGUUCUGGGCUGAGCGCGCACGCGAGCUCAUCUCUUGGGACCGCGACUUUCAGACCACCCGAAGUGGUUCUCUUCUCAAUGCCGAUGUCUCCUACUUCAACGAGGGCCGCCUGAAUGCCUCAUACAACUGUGUCGACCGUCAUGCUUUCAAGGACCCUGAUCGUGUUGCCAUCAUUUAUGAGGCCGAUGAGCCCACCGAGGGGCGCAAUGUUACGUACGGAGAGCUCCUCCGAGAGGUUUCUCGUACCGCCUGGGUUCUCAAGCAAAUGGGUGUACGCAAGGGCGACACCGUUGCUAUCUACCUUCCCAUGAUUCCCGAGGCCAUCAUCGCUCUCAUGGCCUGUGUCCGUAUUGGUGCCGUACACUCCGUUAUCUUUGCUGGUUUCUCUUCCGACUCUCUCCGCGACCGUGUUGUCGAUGCCGGCUGCAAGGUUGUCAUCACAACUGAUGAAGGCAAGCGAGGUGGCAAGUUGAUUGGCACGAAGAAGAUUGUUGAUGACGCUCUCAAGCAGUGCCCUGCUGUCGAGAACGUCCUUGUCUACAAGCGCACUGGCUCAGAAAUUCCCUGGACCAGUGGCCGUGACUUCUGGUGGCAUGAGGAGGUUGAGAAGUGGCCCAACUACUUCCCUCCCGAGCCUGUCGCUUCCGAGGACCCUCUAUUCCUCCUUUAUACCUCCGGCUCCACUGGCAAGCCUAAGGGUGUCCUGCAUACAACCGCUGGGUACCUCCUCGGCGCUGCGAUGACCGGCAAGUAUGUCUUUGACAUCCACGAGGGCGAUAGAUACUUCUGUGGUGGUGAUGUCGGCUGGAUUACCGGUCACACCUAUGUCGUUUAUGCUCCUCUUAUGCUCGGUGUAUCCACAGUUGUAUUUGAGGGUACACCUGCCUACCCCAACUUUUCGCGAUACUGGGACAUCAUCGAGAGACACAACGUUACUCAGUUUUACGUUGCUCCCACCGCUUUGCGAUUGCUGAAGCGUGCUGGUGACGAGCAUGUUCGUGGAAAGUUCGCUCACCUUCGCGUACUGGGCUCGGUCGGCGAACCUAUCGCCGCCGAGAUCUGGAAGUGGUAUUUCGAAGUUAUUGGAAAAGAGGAGUGCCACAUUGUUGAUACUUACUGGCAAACCGAGUCUGGCUCUCAUGUUCUCACGCCCUUGGCUGGAAUUACACCUACCAAGCCGGGCAGUUGUUCUUUGCCCUUCUUCGGGGUUGAGCCCGCUCUCAUCGAUCCUGUUUCCGGCGAAGAAAUUCAUGGCAACGAUGUUGAGGGUGUGUUGACCUUUAAGCAGUCCUGGCCUAGCAUGGCUCGCACCGUAUGGGGAGCUCAUAACCGGUACAGAGAGACUUACCUUGAUGUCUACAAGGGUUACUACUUCACUGGAGACGGAGCUGCUAGAGACCACGAGGGCUUCUACUGGAUUCGGGGUCGUGUUGACGACGUCGUCAAUGUCAGCGGUCACCGAUUGUCCACUGCUGAGAUCGAGGCUGCUCUGUUGGAGCACCACUCUGUUGCUGACGCAGCUGUCGUCGGUAUUGCUGAUGAGCUUACUGGCCAAGCUGUGAAUGCCUUUGUUGAUCUCAAGGAGGGUGUUGAAUCAAGUGAUGCCCUGCGCAAGGAGCUUAUUGUCCAAGUGCGCAAGAGCAUUGGUCCAUUCGCUGCUCCCAAGGCGGUGUACGUCGUACCUGACAUGCCUAAGACACGAAGUGGCAAGAUUAUGCGACGAGUAUUGAGGAAGAUUGUUGCUGGUGAGGAAGACCAGCUCGGAGACAUUACUACUCUUUCUGAUCCUUCUGUUGUUGAGAAGAUUAUCAAGGCUGUUCACGAUGCCAAGCGCAAGUGA